AAACGUUAACGAAAAAAAAAAAAAAAUCACGGAAGCGACUCGGUAGCGGUUCGAGUCUUACAAGUUUUUUUUUUCUUCUUCUUUUGAGGUAGGGAAGAAAGGGGAAAGGAAAAAGUAGGUUUAACUUUAGCUACUGCGAACUCAAUCCGUGCUGUCCCCAUUUUAGGAGCGAAAGCAAAGAUGGAGGCAGCAAUUAAAACCGUGGUGAGUGUGUUCCUGAAGUCAUCCAAGGGCAAGGAAAACCUCGGAGGGAAGGAGUUCCAGAGCCUCGUGAAGAGCCAGCUAAAAAACAUUCUGACGGGCACAGAGGACAAUGAGGCUGUAAAAAACAUGCGUCAACAGCUUGACAACAAUGAGGAUGGGAAGGUCAGCUUCCAGGAGUAUAUGCAUCUGAUUGGCUAUCUGGCGCAGUCUCUCAGCGAACAGCGUUCUUUGGAAAAAGAAACGCAACCAGAGAGUUCAACCCAGGAGACGCAGGCCGAGGCAGCAGCGAAUGCACAGGCAGAGCCCCCGAAGGCAGAGCCACAGGCGGCAAAGGAGGUGGAGAAAGAAGACAAGCCAGUGACCGAGAAGGCAGCGGCCAAAGAGCAGAAGCCAGAGGAAGAGAAAAAAACCGAUGAGGAACAGGAAGGGGCGAAAGUUGAAGAGAAUAAAGCUGAAGAGAAAAAUAAAACAGAGGAAGCAUCAUAGGAGCUCAAGGAAGUGGAGAUUGUCACAUCUCCAAUGCUUCUGUUUGUUUUGUUCAUUUCCAUUAUUGUGAUAUUUUAAUACAUAGGCUGUAUAUGGAAUCUGGCCAAUACACUACACAUUGUUUAACUACAAA